AAUUGGAGGGUCCCUCCCCAAAUACCAAACCAAACCCAAAAGAACAAAAAUUCAAAGACAAUGUUCCUCUUGUUCCUCCCACACAACAACAACUAACAAAAAUCUCAGACAGGCAGUUGUGGUGGUUUUGUUUGUUGGGGGCCAUCAUCAUCAUCUUCUUCUUCUUCUUCUCACUCCUCUUCUAAUGGUAGUUGUCCAAGCUUCCAAGCUCAGCCUCCCAAACCCUUCUCUCUCCUCCCCUCCCCAAAUAACUUCCCUCCAGUUUGAACCCCAUUCUCUCUCUCUAGCCCUCAUGCACUCUGACUCCACUUUUUCUCUCUACCCCUCUCUCUCCUCCCCUCUUUCCCUCUCCUCUCUCCCUCCUCCCCAAACCCUAGUUGCCCCUCCCUCCUCUUCCUCCACCUUCCUCCUCCUCCAAAACCCAGACCCUAACCCCAACACCCGGACCCUCUUCAUUGCAUCCGGCCCUCACAGAGGUGGGUCCCAGGUCCUGCUCAGGUUCUACAUUCUGCAGAAUCAGAAACAAUUCGUGAGGGCUCAAGUCAUUUGCACCCAGAAAGGGAUAAAAUUUGAUGGGAAAUUGGGGGUUUUGGUGGAUGCCCAUCAUGGGGUUUCGAUUAAGCUUGCCGGGUCGGUCAAUUUCUUCGCCAUGUACUCCGUUUCGAGCUCAAAGAUAUCGGUUUUUUCUGUGAAAGUGAUUGGUGAUGGCGACAAUGGUGAUGAUGGGGCGGUUGUGAAGUUGAUGAGGUGUGCUGUGAUUGAGUUGCAAGCUGGUUUGGUCGAUUAGCAUUUCGUUUGGGGUCUUGAUCUUAGGAGAAGAUAAUGGAGUUAGGGUUUUUAAUUUGAGGCAGCUUGUUAAAGGGCGGGUUCGAAAGGCCAAGACUUUGAGUUCGAGUUUGGAAAAUGAGGGCCGAAAUUUGGGUUUUCCUAAUGGGGUGGUUGGUGAUCAUGUGCAUAGUAAUUUGGGGGAUUGUGGAAAUAAGCAAGGAGGCGACAAAUGUGGUUGCGUUGAGGGGAGUUCGGAGAUGACUUGCAGUGGUAACUUGUGUGGGAAGAAUGAUAGGAAUUAUGUUUCUGGUAUUUCUUGUGGCCUAGGACAUGGGUGCUACUCAUGUAAGCAAGGUGCUGUCCUUUGGUUAAAAUCAUAAGGAUGCCUCUAGAUGUCAAGCAGAGGUCUGUGAAACUGAAACAAGACUCUUGUGAAGAGGGAGUGUUUUUUGUGGAAUUCAAAGGAAAGGAGCUUGAAACCUCAAAAUCGAAAAGAGUGAUACCAGCUAAGGCACUUUCUAUUGAAGCACUGUCCCCCAACAAAUUUCUAGUCUUGGAUUCUGAUGGAGGUUUACGCAUUUUGCACCUCUCUAGUCCUAUAAUUGGAUUAGAAAUAACUUCUUGUGUGCAGCAGUUGCCUCACAUUAUGAAAGUGCAAAAGCUGGCUGUUCUUCCUGAUAUAGAUUCAAGAACUCAAUAUGUGUGGGCAUCAGAUGGAUACAAUUCUGUGCAGAUGUUGUUGGCAUCUCACAUGGAUAUUGCGGAAAAUGAGAAAAAUAACAGUGAGGAAAAACUGAUUCAUGUCUCAGUUCUUCUCACAAUUUUUGCCAGCGAAAGAAUUCAAGAUCUUAUUCCUAUGGCUGCAAAUGCUAUUUUAAUUCUUGGACAAGGCAGGAAGCUUGUAUACGUAUGCGAUUUCUUGAAGUUGCAUAGUUACAACCGCCUUUUCUAUUGGACUUCUGAAUUCCGGGCCUAGAGGAGCUCAGCCAGUUUGAUUGAGAUUCUGGGGUGUCCUUGGAUCUUUGAUUUCCAUGGUCCUUGCGUUGUUUAUGUUACCAAAGUCUGGAGCUGCAGUUUUCCCCCUUACUCUAAGGUGAUAGAGACUUAGAGAGUGCUGAGCAGUUGAAGGUGGUAUGGGGUCGGGACCAGUUGGGUGCCUGCCCUUGCUUUCCAAAUUCUAAGGUUGAUUAUUUCAGCAACUGAAAGCUACUUCCGUUGUUCAACCAACUUCAUGAGCUACAACUUAAGGCAUACGUGAACGUAUUUGCUGGUGGUUCCUGUGUUACCUCAGGUUGUCUACUGGAGAAGUGAACCUGCAUUCAACUCAAGGUAAAACACGCCAUCAGAAGUCUUGCAAGUAUAUUGACUGGUAUGGAUGAAACCGGUACUCUUGAGACUUUCAGUUCUUAAAUUUUACGAGGCGUGUAAUAAAGCUUUCUGGUCGAAACAUUAACUGGGCAAGCGCCCCUCGGUUAAUUCUCGUAUAAUUUUAUGCGUGUGGUUCUAUCAGGUGCCGUGUUCGGUAUUAAUGGGUACCAAUGGAAAUGAAAAUAUAGGUUGUUGGAACUCUUUUGCCUUCA